GAUAUUUAAAAUCUGUGUUUUACUGGUGCUCAUAUUUGCUUUCAAUAAUUUUGGUUGAAAAGCGAUAAAUUAGGCAUUAACAUAUAAUACGUUCAUGGAUUAACUUAUUUAAAGAAAAUAAACUGAACUUUCACAAGAAUCUGAGUGAGUAGAUUACUGCCUCUGGAAUUAGAUGUGGAGACUAAUGUGUGAACAGAGUCUGAUUGGGAUUAAGAACCUUUCAUCAACUAAAUCAAUCAAUGCAUCAGACGCAGCUUUGAUGACAAGAACUAAUGUCAGGACUUUGCUCUUUUCAUCAGUCGACCAAUCUGCAGCCGACAGAUAAAACAGUUCUCAUUCAAAACAGACACAGCGUCACUAAUAGAGGUAGAACUAGUCCGUUGAGCGUUAAUGUUCUUACACUGGAGUCACAGCCUGAUGAGGGACACUGGUCAUUGAUUCAGCCUGUGCCAUGGAUCAUGUGCUCUACAUCGCUGACCACUACGUCCUCACUCCGUACGUGUACCCGGCCUCGUGGUCCGAGGAUGAAGCUCUGCGUCAGAUAAUCAGCCUGUGGGUGGUGACAACGAUGGGAGCAGAGCUGCUCUACCUGGGCUUUGCUGCUCUUAACUUCUACGCCGUGUUCGACCACAAGCUCAUGAAACAUCCACAGUUCAUCAAGAAUCAGGUGAGACAAGAAAUCCAGCUGGGAGUGACCUCGAUCUUCUGGAUGAGCUUCCCCACCGUCGCUCUUUUCUUCUGGGAGAUCAAGGGACACAGCAAACUUUACGACCACAUCAGCGAAUCGUCCCUGGGCUGGGCUGGAUUGAUCCUGAGCAUUGCUGGUUUCUUGUUCUUCACCGACAUGUGUAUCUACUGGAUCCACCGCUGGAUGCAUCAUAAGCUCAUUUACAAGUACUUACAUAAGCAACACCACAUAUUCAAGAUCCCCACGCCAUUUGCCAGCCAUGCCUUCCACCCACUGGACGGCUUCCUGCAGAGCUUACCCUACCAUGUCUACCCCUUCAUCUUCCCCCUGCACAAGGUGGUGUAUCUCUCACUCUUUGUCUUCGUCAACUUUUGGACCAUCUCCAUACACGACGGAGAUUACCGCAUCCCCGGCCCUCUGAUAUGUCUGAUUAACGGUGCUGCCCACCACGUGGACCAUCACCUCCAUUUCAUCUACAACUAUGGACAGUACUUCACGCUCUGGGAUCGUCUGGGGGGGUCCUACCGACACCCCUCGGCCCUGCUGGGUGAGGGCUCCCAUGACCACGUACGCAAGCUCAUGGCAGAGGCUGCAAAGACAAAGUGA